AGGAGAGGUGAGAGGAAGCCGAGGGCUCGUGAGGGCAUUCACAGAAGUGUGGCUGGCCGUGGUGAUUGGAUUUCAGCUUCCUUUGGUCUCCCGAGCAAAGACCAGAGUUCAGGUCUUGGCUUUUUCUGUUUCUUCUCUCAAGCUGGGCUGCUUGUCUUUAGGACGGGCUAUUAAGAGGAUGAUACCAGCCCCUGCUCUAUGGAGUGUCUAGUCUCUGGGGAAGCAGUGCCUUUCUGGUUCUGACAGUUACUACGUCGUCUCCGCCAUUCUAAAGAACACCUCUCUCUGCUCAGUCCCAGAAUGGCUCUCCCCCCCAGUCCCUUGGCUAUGGAAUAUGUUAAUGACUUUGACUUGAUGAAAUUUGAAAUAAAGCGUGAGCCUUCUGAAGGCCGAUCUGGAGUCCCCACAGCCUCAUUGGGCUCCACACCGUACAGCUCAGUGCCUCCUUCACCCACCUUCAGUGAGCCAGGCAUGGUGGGCAGUGGUGAGGCCCCUAGGCCAGGCCUUGAGGAGCUAUAUUGGCUGGCCACCCUGCAGCAGCAGCUGGGGGCUGAUGAGGUUCUGGGGCUGAGUCCUGACGAAGCUGUGGAGCUGCUGCAGAACCAGGGCCCAGUCUCUGUAGAAGGGCCUCAUGGCUACUAUUCAGGGAGCCCAGGAGAGACAGGAGCCCAGCAUGUUCAGCUGCCCGAGAGAUUUUCGGACGCCGCGCUGGUCUCGAUGUCUGUGCGCGAGUUGAACCGGCAGCUGCGGGGCUGCGGGCGCGACGAGGCUCUGCGGCUGAAGCAGAGACGCCGCACGCUCAAGAACCGCGGCUACGCGCAGGCUUGUCGCUCCAAGCGGCUCCAGCAGCGGCGCGGGCUGGAGGCCGAGCGCGCCCGCCUGGCAGCCCAGCUGGAUGCCCUGCGGGCCGAGGUGGCCCGCCUGGCUCGCGAGCGCGACCUCUACAAGGCCCGCUGUGACCGGCUGACCUCCGGUGGCCCUGGGUCCGACGACCACACACACCUCUUCCUCUGAGCCUCUAGGGCAGGGGUGUGUGGCGGUUUGGAGGUGGCUGGGUAGACGGCACUAUUCAGGAAAGGGAGUCCACUAACCAAAUCGCUACCUGUGGUCCUGUAUGUCUAUACAAAUAUCCCCAAACUUCUGACCCUUUGGCAUGCCAGAGGUUAGAUGCUGGUCCUUUGCUGGAGAUGAGUCCCCUUCCCUUUUGCAGGUCAUGACUCUUCAUGAUUUAGUAGGGCACUGAAUUCUGUAGGAGCUAGUGCCUGUACUGAGGGUGGAGGCGUGGAGGAAGGGCAGGUGGCAUGCUAAAGGAGGAGGAGGAGUGGUGCAGGAGGAGGAGGGGGAGGGGGAGGGG